CGGGGCUGGGUGCAAUCGCUGGCCAUGCUGCUCCUUGGGCUGCUGCUGCUGGUACUGCUGGCCAGUGCCCGCCUGCUGCGGGCCCAGUGGAUGCAUAGGAGCCUGCACCUUCCACCUCUGGCCCCAGGCUUCCUGCACCUCCUGCACCCCAACCUCCCCAGUCACCUGCUCAGCCUCACCCGGGAGCUUGGGCCCAUCUAUAGGCUGCACUAUGGGCUUCAAGAGGUGGUAGUGCUGAACUCCAAGCAGGCCAUCGAAGAGGCCAUGCUCAGGAAGUGGGCAGACUUCGCCGGCAGACCCCAGCUGCUGUCCUACAAGCUGGUGUGCCAGCAGUACCCGGACCUGUCGCUGGGGGACUACUCCCUGCUCUGGAAGGCCCACAAGAAGCUCUCGCGCUCGGCCCUUCUGCUGGGCACCCGCAAUAUCAUGGAGCCGGUGGUGCAGCAGUUAGCCCAGGAGUUCUGCGAGCGCCUGGGAGCCCAGGCUGGUGCCCCUGUGGACAUCUACCACGAGUUCUCCUUGCUCACCUGCAGCAUCAUCUGCUGCCUCUCCUUUGGAAGCAAGGAGGACAACCUGAUUCGGAGCAUUUACAGCUGUGUACAGGACUUGAUGACCGCCUGGGACCACUGGUCUGUCCAAAUUCUGGAGCUACUUCCCUUUCUCAGGUUCCUCCCCAACCCAGGCGUCUGGAGGCUGAAGCAGUUGGUGGCGGCCAGGGAUCACAUUGUAGGGCAGCAGCUGAGGCAGCACAAGGAGCAGCUGAUGGCCGGGCAGUGGAGGGACAUGAUGGACUACAUGCUCCAGGAGGUGCGGCAGCCCAGGAAGGACUGGGGCUCCAGACAGCUCAAGGAGGGCCACGUGCACAUGGCUGUGGUGGACUUCUUCAUCGGUGGCACCACGACCACAGCCACCACUCUCUCCUGGGCCGUGGCUUUCCUGCUGCACCAUCCAGAGAUCCAGCAACGACUCCAAGAAGAGCUGGACCUCGAGCUGGGCCCUGGUCUUCUUGCCUCCCCACUUCCAUACAAGGAGCGCUCUCGGCUGCCCCUGCUCAAUGCCACCAUCACCGAGGUGCUGCGCCUACGGCCUGUGGUGCCCCUGGCCCUGCCCCAUCGUACCACUCGACCCAGCAGCAUCUCCGGCUACGACAUCCCCAAGGACACAGUGAUUAUCCCCAACAUCCAAGGUGCCCACCUGGACCCGUCGGUGUGGGAGCGGCCCCACGAGUUCCGGCCAGACCGCUUCCUGCAGCCGGGCAAGGGCCCCCGAGAGCUGGCCUUCGGCUGCGGGGCGCGCGUGUGCCUGGGGGAGCCCCUGGCGCGGCUGGAACUCUUCGUGGUGCUGAGCCGCCUUCUCCAGGCCUUCACGCUGCUGCCGCUGGAGGGCGCCCUGCCCUCCCUAGAACCCCAGCCCUACAGCGGCGUCAACCUCCAAAUGCAGCCCUUUCGGGUGCGGCUGCAGCCCCGAGGCCCGGGGGCUCCGCGCCCGGGCCAGUGCCAGUGAUGCGCAGGACCGGAGCCAGUCGCGUGCCUCAGUUUCUCCUUUAUUGCCCCCAUACGAACCCCUCUCCUCCCCCCUGUAAACAUGGUGCUGUGGGGUCGCGAGCAGAGAGGACUUCGGGAGCUUCUCUGGGCGCGACUUCUCAGUGCUCGGCAGUCCUCCCGGGGCGCAGGCGCGGCGGCUCAGCCCCCCCGGGCGGGCGCCCGGUAACUCCUCGGUCUCAGCUUCAUUUCCGUGAAGGGCACGGAGAAGUCGAAGCCCUUCCAGUGGUACCAGCUCACCCCCUGGGCAAGGAGGCCGAGCAUGGCAGGGGGCCACAGCCCCAACCCGGACACCCACCCGCUCAGCCCGGUAGCCCCAGCCCCGGUCCACCGCGCGGAACCCCAAGCCGCCCGUCCGCCCAAUAAACCGCUUCCGAGCC